UUGGCAGGUGGCCAAGCGAAUGAGAAAAACCUGCAGAAAUACAAUGCAUGUCCCUCCUUUACCUAUAAAGCAAAGGCUAAUGAUUAAGCUUCUCCUUCAGCAGGGUGGAGAAAACCCUCACUAGGAUAUGGGGCAAAUUGAAUACGUCUCCGCCACAAUAGUGAAACCCACAAAUACUAGUUACUCAUCUCGUAGGAUCGAAUCUACCCCAUUUGAUCUUCCAUUCCUUGUGGUUGAUUAUACUCACAGGGGCAUUCUCUUUCUCAAACCUGAACAACAGGUGGCACAGCUUCGAAAAAAUAAUGUAAUUGAUCACCUGAAAAUCUGUCUCUCCCGCACACUUGACAUCUUUGCUCCUUUCGCCGGCCGCCUUGCCACCGUCGAAAAUGAAGAUAAGACGACUUCUUUCUUCAUUGAUUGCAAUUGUGCCGGUGCCCAGUUUGUUCAUGCUGUUGCAGAUGGUGUUACUGUAGCUGACAUCCUUGAGCCUUCUUGUGUUCCCAGUAUUGUCCAUUCUUUUUUCUUAAUGAAUGGGGUUUACAAUUUUGAAGGCAUUUCCAAACCCUUGCUUGCAGUGCAAGUGACUGAGCUUGUCGAUGGCAUUUUCCUUGGUUGCACUUAUAACCAUGCGGUUGCUGAUGGGACAUCAUUCUGGAACUUUGUUAAUACUUGGUCUGAAAUAUCUAGAAGUUCUGGGGAAACAUUGCAGCCUCCUCCAGUCCUUGGAUAUGAUUGGUUUCUUGAUGGGAUUGAUCACCCAAUUCGGGUUCCCUUUUCAUACAAUGAAACAAUUUCCAAUAGGUUUAUCUCACCACCUCUGCUAGAAAAGGUGUUCCAUUUCUCCAAGGAAAAAAUUGCAGCACUUAAAGCCAAAGCCAAUGCUGAGAUGGGCACGUCAAAGAUCUCAUCCCUUCAAGCAAUCUUGGGUCGUCUUUGGCAAUCCAUAAUUCGCACUAGAAAUCUUGAUGCUGAUCAAGAAAUCUAUUGCCGGAUACUGGUAAACAUGAGGCAAAGAUUGCAGCCGCCAUUGCCUGAAGAGUACUUUGGAAAUGUAGUUCUAUUUGGAGCAGCAAAAACAACAGCAGGUGAGCUGUUAAAGAAUGGACUAGGCUUCGCUGCUUUGCAGAUAAACAAGAUGGUUGCUCAGCAAACAGAUGGAGAAGUGAGAAAGAACUUGGAGAAUUGGGUCAAGAGGCCUAUUUUGUCAAAACUUAGUGCUGCAGCAAGCAAUGCCUUGAUUGUAGCAAGCUCCCCGCGGUUCAAUGUUUUUGGUAAUAACUUCGGUUGGGGAAGGCCUGUUGCAGUGCGAGGUGGAGCUGGGAACAAUUAUGAUGGGAAAAUGACUGUUUUUCCAGGAGUGGAAGAGGGGAGUGUGGAUAUUCAGGCUUGUCUUCUGCCUGAAACAUUACAAGCUAUGGAGAGGGAUGAAGAGUUCAUGGAGGCUCUAUCCGACUGAUUUUCCUCAAUAUAGAGAGAUUAAUUGUAGACUUCGAGGUCUAGCUUCAAAUUAUAACACUGGAAUCCCAAAAAGGGACAUCUUUUGAUAUUAUUUAUAAAUUGAAUGGCCUUUCAAGUUCAUCUGCAA